CACCAAAAUAUGCGCAAAUCCACCAAUGACGCCUGAACCAGGAUCUCUGGUUGCAACGGCUUCACUGGCUAAGCCCUUUGAUGGCUGUGUCGCUUCGGCCGCUCGACAUUGCACCUCGGUGUGCUCAAUAAACCCCAAAACUAAGCGUUUUGUGCUUGUCUCGACCACCCAUGAACAGUUGCGUAAGGCGGCCAAAAGCUGCAUCACGACCAAUAAGGGGAUGAACCUUUGGGUCAAGGUAUGCUUUCAGGAACCUUUGAAGCGGUGGAAAUCUAUUUUCAUCCGCGAAAUGACUAUUAAGGGCGAAACUACGUUCACACCGCGACAUGGAGAUUAUAUAUAAAUGUCUCGCCAGUCCUCGAACAUGUGGUUGGAUCCAAGACCGUGGACUCCAAGAAAUCACCCUGCCACCUCAUAGUUCAGCAAGAUGCUUUUGCCAAUGUUUCUUCCGCUCAUUGCUCUCCUGCUGUCAUCGCCUGCUCAUGCGACCGAGCAACAGCAGAAGACUGUUGGUCUUACCAAGACGCAGGAACCCAACCCCACCAUCACGGCCAGUGUGAAGUCGAUCUUCAGCUCCUUCAGCCGCGACGAGAGCCUGACAUUUGAUCCGAAGUCGGCUUCUGGCUGUUGUGAUCCAACUUGUGCCUUGGGCUUAUGCAAUGGCAUCUACCCCUUCGACACGACAUCUGCUCCGGAUCCUGCUCGCACAGCAACAGCUCCGCCUGCCAUUGUCACGGAGGCUUGCUGUUCUGCAGGCUGUCCUGAUGGCUAUUGCAGAGGCUUCGAGCGCUGGAGGCAUUGGUGGCCGAUAGGCUGCGUUGGCCGAGACUGCGCUGUGCCCACUGGACAAAGAUGGAGACAUUGGCCAGCUGGUCACCGUCCCAGCUUUCGCUGCAAGGGCAGGGACUGUCCCCCGGGCACCGGGCAAAGCGACUCGACCAUCAUCAGUAUCUUCCAGGACGCCGAUUCCGGCGCGAUUCGAGGCGUCAAACCAACCGACACCCCUUCACCAAAUCCCCAAGCCGCCGAAAGUGAUCCAACGCCGCAGUUUCACGCUGCGGAGCUGGCCGGUCAAGACCAAGAUACGCUUCCAAUCAUUGUGGAAAACAGCGCCAAAGAGCCCGUCACUCUCCUCGCAGACAUUGACCUGGCGCUGACUGAGAAUUACAUCUCAUCCGGCAUGCUAUCGGCUCUGGGCGUCUCACCCACUUCUUCUGCCCUCAGCCCGAUCGCAAAGCAAGACCAACGGACUGCCGCCCUAGGCACUCCGGCCUUUAAAGUCACGCCAAACGCGACGAUCACGCUGAACCUGCUCGCCGGACCACAGGGUGCCCUAAAACAGUUUGGGGACGUCGAAUUCAACGUCUUCGACCUGCCUCCUAUCUCCCAACGGGAUGGUGUCCCCUGGGAGCCGGAGGUCUUUCUGGGCGUGGUUUUCCUGCGCGAGGCGUCGGCAUUGAGGCUCGUCGAUGGGUUCGCGGGACACGCCGCGCUUGAAGGGUUGCCUGUGUUGGUGAGAGACAUCAAGAGCACAGAUGACGGCAAAGAGGCAGAUGAGGGAUGGGAGAAGGACGAGUUGUGAGGGAAAAGUGAGAUGUGUGUUGGGAUAAGACGCUGUUGGGGUACCACGGGGACCUGCCAAGGUGGAUAACGAAUGACAAGGGAAUGGAGCAAGAAGGGAACAGCCAUUUCUUUUUCCUUUCUCAGUUUCAAGGGAUCAUGGGCACGGAGGCGGGCACUCUGUACCGAAGCAAGUGAGCAGGGAUACGAACAAGUAGGAGAGCAAGCAAGCAGUUGUAUCUCGUGCUUUCUUCUCAGAGCAGUGUCCUAGCAUUCGCGUUCCUUUUUUUCAGAAUCUCCUCCCUUCGCCACUAUGAUCCUCCCAACGUAGUGAGGUCGGCCGUCCGUGACUAAAUUCAGGACUCCCUC